UGUUGUGAUAAACUUAUUAAAUAGAUAAAAAUGAAACCAAGUUUAAUACACCACGUGAAAACUUAGUAACGCACAAUCAGAAGCUCAAUUAGCAAUUGAAGCACCUUAAGCUGCCGAAAUAUGGCUGCCGCGUUUGUCUCAAUUUGGCCCCUUCUUCUGGUGGGUGCAUUUUUGCUGCAGACGGAGGUUAACGCUGUAACUAUUGUAGUGGUUGCUUCGUGCAGACACGAUAUCGAGUUCAGCAAAUCGGUGGCUUAUAACCUCGCCAACAAAGAUGUGAACAACUAUUUCUUCGUGACUGAUGAGAAAUGUGCCGAGACAGUCAAGAUCCCAAACGUCGAGGUCUUUUCAACCGAGUCGUGGCUAAACGAAUCACUGCAAACGACUGGAGUCGGACUACUAACCCGACACAGCAACGAAGUUCAAAACCGAAUGGACGAAGUAGUUCGCUCUGCCGAGACACUUCAACGACUGUUAGAACGAGAGAGCGUCCAGCUUGUUAUCGCCGACUCGUAUAGUACAUGUGCAGCGGCAGUAGCGGAGACGCAUGAUAUUCCGGUGAUUCUGAUGCACAAUUCUGGCUUUCCACAGGCAACUGCGAAUCAGGUUAGAGUGGAGUAUUCGUUUAUUCCGAACGUGUUCUACAGCUUCGCUCCUGACUUUCUGAAAGUCUUUAUUCACGAGCUGAUAGUUGUUAUGUUCAAGAACCUACCGGAUGUAAGAAUGGCUGUUUCCAUUGGGAACAAAUGCAAUAUGGAUCUGAAGACCAAUAUUUCACACGCAAAUUUACUCCAUUUAUGGUCCUCGUACCCAAGAAUUGGUUCGUUUUUGCCGCCUUUUUUGGAAUACAAUAAGAAAACAAAACAUUUUCUGCCACUUGGACAAACAGAUUUGAUCGAAAAGGGAAAACCAAAAAGCAACCGACUCGAGAAUUUUAUGAAAGCGUCAGUUAGUGAGUCUUCUGGAGAUAGUGGAGUUGAGAAUUUUGCUUACUUUACGGGCGAAGAAGUUCUGAUUCAUAAACUAGGCUGGGAAUACUUUCACGACGCUUUCACCCAAGAGCCCGAUUUCAAAACUAUUUGGACCAACGGUUCUCUGCCUGAGAUACCGACCAAUAAGCAAAUCUUGAUCACACCUAUGACAAUUCAUUCGAUAAUGACCGAAAAAGCCGUCAUGGUUAUCGUUGGUACUUGUUCUUUAGACAAUUUGCUAAUCGCUAUGUAUUACCAGAGAAUUCUGGUUUGUUUUGAUGUUUAUUGGAGAGAAAGUGCGUUGGCUCGAUCGAUCGAAAAAAGCCGAGUCGGAAUCACCCUAUGGCCGUUUUUCACUACAACAAACGGCCUAAAAAGCGCCUUAAAGACUGCUUUUGAACGCAAAGAUGAAUUCGGAAAGCAAAUCAGCGAUGUUAGAAAGCACCAGACGUCAAAGAUCAAAGCACUGAAAGAUUUGGUUUUUGAACUCACGGAGCUGCCUUCGUCUUCGUUUAAAAAACGAGCAAUUGACCCCGUCAAUCACAAAAUUGAACUCGGUUUUAUAAUAGUGACCUUUUUGAUGUUCUUGAGGUUUUUCAUUAAGUCGGGUAGGAGAGUCUUUGCACCGACUGUGAAGAAAGUGAAGGUCGCUAUAGACGAAAACCAAAAAUCAGAGGAAUCGAAGAAAACUAAAUAAUGCUUGAUUUUGAUAUUCUAUUUAAUGCGUGCUGCCUUUUCUAUCUGUAAAUAUGUACAUUCGUGUGCGUUUUCUUUUAUAAAAAAUUUCUUAUAAAAAAACUCCUCUCGUACUUCCAAAAAUCGAAAUCUUUGCACAACAAAUUUCUUGUUUGCGAUCAACUUCUGGUUGAUUAUGUUCUAUCCCGUAUACAAACACUCAUAUAAUAUUUUUAAACUUAUAUCUCACAAAUCGUUUGUCGAUCAUCUUUUGUCUGUCUCUUAUGUAGUUUAAAUAAAUUGUGUCUUGAUUCUCUUAAUAUUUGAGCUAUUUAAUAAAU